AGGAUACGCCCCCCCCAAGUGGCGUCACCUGUUGUCGUGACGUCUUAUUCUCCACCAGCAAGUACUGAUCUAGCAUCUACCUCUGGAAGAUGGCGACGCUAAUAGGAAUGUCCGGGAGAGUGACAGUCUGGGCUGUGAGAGGGGCAACUCUCUGCGGACUGGCAACUCCGGUCCGAAACAGGACUGGCAGUUACCUGUGUGCUGUUUGCUGCAGGAAUUCUAGGAAUAGUCGAUUGCUCAGUACACUCCCACCACCUCCACCUGGGCAAAAGACAGGACCAUCUAAACCAGGGCCUGUCUCCUGGAAAUCGCUGGCGCUUACUGUUGCUUUGGGGGGAGCUUUAAUGGCUGGAAUGAAAUACCUCAAAAAGGAGAAAGAGGACCAGCUAGAGCAAGAAAGGAAACGUUCCAUUGGGAAGCCAUUGCUGGGUGGACCCUUCUCUUUAAUUGAUCAUAAUGGGCAGCCUAAAACAGACAAAGAUUAUCUUGGCCAAUGGGUCCUGCUGUACUUUGGGUUUACACACUGUCCAGACAUUUGUCCUGAAGAAAUUGAAAAGAUGAUUCUGGUGGUAGACGAGAUUGAUAAAAUAUCAACUAUCCCAAAUUUAACGCCACUCUUCAUCACUAUUGACCCUGAACGUGACGGCAAAGAUGCAGUAGCCAGCUAUGUUAAAGAAUUUUCUCCCAAACUCAUUGGAUUAACUGGUUCCUCUGAACAAAUCGAGAGAGUGGCCAAAGCUUAUAGGGUCUAUUUCAGCUCAGGACCAAAAGAUGAAGAUAAUGACUAUAUAGUGGACCAUACCAUAAUCAUGUACCUGCUUUCACCAGACGGAUCCUUUGUGGAUUAUUACGGGCAAAACAAAAGGAAUGCAGAGAUUUCAGCUUCUAUUGCAUCGCACAUGCGGAACUAUAAACAAAACACAUAACCAAAGGAGAGUCAAGACAAGCUUUGUGUAUGGUGUAGUUACAUUGCCUUAUGACUUUUUACUUGAUUCUGCUUGUUUCUCUAUGUUUAAUGCUGCAAGAGACUGGCUCUGUAAUAUAUAAAUAAAAAACUUUUUUUUUUUGAUUUUUACAGAAACCUGUGUGCAGAGUGGUGGCAUUGUUAGGUGGAGCAAUUGAGGUCAGGUCUCAUUGUGCAUGUAGACAGGAAAGAUUCUGAAAUCUUAGAAUAAGCUUCUGAGGGCACAGUACCAACCACAGUAAGGUAGCAUUUUUACUCUUUUCAAUUGGUUAAAUUGGUGUAUUUGGGGUUUUUAUUUAUUUUUUUUAAAACCUUU